GUCCAUUCCUUUGAUAGCAAACUGCCGAGUGAUAGGCGCGAGAAGAGCAGGCUACCCGCAGCCGUUAUCUAUCACACCUGCGCGCAUUGAGAGGUAGUCCAAUUGGGAGUCUUCCACCAACUCCGCAUCUACCACCGACUCAGUCGCCUUGCUGCUGCCCUGUUGGCGUAACCGGGAUUGUCCAGACCGCCUCGUUCAUCCUGAAACCCUGCUGUGACCACAGGCGGGCGACGGCCCAUAAGUGUUUACUCGCCGCGUGAUCCAACAGCGAUACCUGCGGCCGGUUUGAGACGAAGACUGCGCGUUAUUCGGAAGCGAUAGAGAUAGACUGGCAGAUGAACUGAAUCGGGCUCCCAUUGAUACUCGCGGUGUUCGUCUGCAAUGGCCACGAUGACCCACCAACCCACCGUCAACAGCAAGUACUUUCUCAAUAACCGAACUGAGCCAUCACCACCUGAAGCGUAUCUAUAUGGACAGGGGGCAUACGCAAGUCCUAUGUCUUCACCACCAUCCGCAAGCAUCUCACCAACAAACAUCCACUCACCGUACGUCAAUGUGCGACAACUCCGCCAACCUCGCCAACCGAUGUACAUUCCUGCCGCAUUACGCCCGACCGAUCCUCCGUCGAGGCCCACGGAUGUACCGAUAGGGCCUCGCGCACUAUUGACGCCGCCUACAAGCAAGGAUAGUAGCUUCGACAGCGCGAAGUCGAAGGCAGGAGUUUCGACUCGGGAGGUUGCCCGUAUCAUUGUGGACAGUCCAGUCGAUGUUGGCGAUGUGGAUCUGCUCCGGCAGGGUCUGAGUCGGGCUGCUAGCGAAGGUCUCGACGACGAACCAGGCGAAGUUACCGGCCCGCCGACGACCGCGCAUUGGAAGCCUGACGUAUCAGCGAACGACUGCGCAGUCUGCCAUCAGACGUUCACGUGGUACUUCAGACGCCACCAUUGCCGGCGGUGUGGUGACAUUGUCUGCGACACUCACAUCGCUAAGAAGGUGCCGCUCGACCAGAAUGCUCGAUAUCAUCCAGACGGCACCGAGAGCAAGGCUUGUGAUCCGUGUUGGCAGGAGUGGUGCGUUGUCAAGCGGAUCAGGCACUCUCGCAACAGCAGCAUGGCCAAUUCGAUAAGCAGCUCGCAGGGUACAGCCCUGCCGGCACUAGAAAUCCCAAAGUCGGCUCGCUCCCAGGAUGACGUCCGGGUUGGCAGCAUGGCGCGGUCCGAAGGAAUGGUCUGGAGCACAUUCUAGGCCGCUUUGAGCCUUCACGAAGCAUUGCACAUACGAGACCCGAGUCCUCUUACAUUACGCUGGACCGGACAUUGAGACGUCGAGAUGACAAGGGGGUUACGGCCGUUUCCUGGAGUUGGGCUAUGUGCCGCGUUCAAGCGCUUCGGUUCUUUGGCAAACUCUUCUGCAUUUUAGCGUUGGAGCGACCUGCUGGGAUACCCUAUAGAUCGCGUUAGCGAAUUUGCUAUAGAGUCACGGUGUUGGUUAUGUGGCGAUGGGGAUGCUGGACCCGUGUAUAGUAUAGAUGAAUACAUGUCCCAACGGUCACAUUUAAUUUAAGAAUUACCGACGAAUCUUGGACUCAUGUAGAGAACGAGUGGCCGACGACCGUCACUAUGCGCAGCGUCACCAGAAAAGCAGUAUAGAUAUCAGCUGAAGAAAAGGUGUGACGACCAUGGUCUCCUGAAUGUGAAGCAGGAACUUGGGUGCGGCAGU